AUGAGCGCAACAUUGAAGGUAAUUAACUUCAUUCUAUUCUCGCUAGUGAUAAAAUAUGCAAAGUGCAAAUCAAAUUUAAGGAAUUACCAAACUAGUCCCCAAGAAGCACAAGAGAACAAUAACAUCUUUCAAAUCAAACUCCCAGCAAUUAAUUUGUUGCCACUUUCCAAUAACAUUACAAACUAUAAAAACUAUGAGGAAGAGGGAAAUGUUGGUGCAUGGGAUAAUGAUAAAAGAGAAUUAUCAUCAUAUUCAUUUGUCCCAUCGUUGUUAAAUUCCGUCUAUUUGUUUUCUUCCCUAUGUUUCAUACUAUGUUUGACAGGGUUGAACAAUCAUAAAACAUCCCAAAGGGGAAAUGUGCUAGGAUUUAUAGGAAUAAUAGCAGCAAUAGUGGUAACAUUCAGCCAAGUAGGAUUUGGAUUCAGAUAUGAAUUGUUUUUUAUAAUUGUAAUUCCAGCUAUAAUUAUAGGAUUAUUUAUUGCUCAUCAUGUAAGCAUGGUUCAGAUGCCACAGUUGGUUGCUUUGUUUCACAGUUUUGUCGGUUUGGCUGCAUUAUUUGUUGGAUUUUCUAAAUAUCAUUCUGAAUAUUUUGAAAAUUAUGAAAUGAGUACAAUACAUUUAGUUGAACUUUAUUUGGGAACAUUCAUAGGUGCUAUUACUUUCAUUGGAUCAUUAGUUGCAGCGGGUAAAUUAAGUGGAAUAUUAGAUAGUAAAUCUUUAAAAUUAAAAAUAAAAAAGUUCGUAAAUAUGGUAUGUAUUGUUAUUAUUAUAAUAGUAGGAUAUUAUUUUAUUCAGAUUAAAUCUAUUUAUUUGAAAACUUUUUGUUUGUAUGCUUCUUUUCUGGUGGAAUCAUUUCUGGGGUUCCAUUUAAUAUCAUCAAUUGGUGCUGCAGAUAUGCCAGUAGUUAUAAGUGCAUUAAAUUCUUACUCCGGUUUUGCUACAGCUAUCAGUGGAUUCUUACUUCAUAAUAACUUAUUAAUAAUAUCAGGAUCACUUAUCGGUUCUUCCGGAGCUAUUUUAUCAUAUAUUAUGUGCAUAGGCAUGAAUAGAGACAUUUUCAAUAUUAUAUUAGGUGGAUGGGAUGACUAUGAUGAUUUAUGUCGUGAGGCUAUACCUCAGGAAAAGAAACGCAAAAGUGUAAAUUCUACUACUCAUAAAUAUGUUGCUGAUAAUUUAAUAAAUGCGAAAAAUGUUAUAAUCGUCCCUGGAUAUGGUACAGCUGUUAGUAAAUGUCAAAGAGAAUUAGCUGAAAUUUGUACAAUAUUAACCUCGAGAAAUAUACAAGUAAAUUUUGCCAUACAUCCAGUUGCUGGAAGAAUGCCAGGACAUUUAAAUGUAUUAUUAGCUGAAGCAAAUAUUCCUUACAACAUUGUUAAAGAAAUGAAUGAAAUUAAUUUAUCCAUAACGAAUGCUGAUAUCGUCUUAGUAGUAGGGGCUAAUGAUAUAGUAAAUCCGUCUUCUCUAGAUCCUGCGAAUAAAAUUUAUGGAAUGCCAGUUAUUGAAGCAUGGAAAAGUAAAAAAGUAAUUAUUUUAAAGAGAAGCCUAAGUACAGGUUAUUCUGCUAUCGACAAUCCAUUAUUUUAUUUUUCAAAUAGUUAUAUGCUUUUUGGUGAUGCGAAACAUUCAACAAAUCAAAUUUUAACCUUUCUAAAUGAUUACAAUAAUCAUAAAUAUCCUUACGAUCCAUCUCUGGAUUUACACAAUGAUAAAGAAAAAAUUGAAGUACGUUCUUUAUGCUUCCCUUCGGAUGGUUCGUCUGAUUGUAGCUACGGAGAAUUAGAAGUUCUCGAAGAACUUUAUCCAAAGGCAAGGAGAAUCAUAGGAUUAGUAAAAGAUGAUAAUCUAGAAACAGAAGCACAAACAGAUGGGAACACCAAGUCAAACAUAGAACAUAUAGGUAACAGAAGAGUAGAUGUUAACCUAUCCAUAGUUCCAUUGACCCCGAGAUUUAUUCCAAAAUUAAAAAAAAUGGGUUUCAGAAUAUUAGUAGAAAAAAAUAUAGGAGAGAACAUAAUGAUUGAAGAUGAAGAUUAUGUUAAGUAUGGUGCUGAAAUAUCUUCAAAGGGUGAUAUUCUUAGACAGAGUAAUAUCAUAUUAAAAGUAGAUCCACCAAGCAAAAAUUUUAUAAAUGAAGUACCAAAUAAUACUGUUAUAAUAGGUUAUUUGUGGCCAAGUGUCAAUGGGAAAAUUCUCGAAACUAUUGUGCAGAAUAAAGAAAAAAAUAAUAUCACAUAUAUGGCAAUUGAUGAAGUUCCGAGAUCUACGCGAGCCCAAAAAAUAGAUUUUAGGAGUUCUAUGAGUAAUUUACAAGGAUAUAGAGCUGUUAUAGAGGCCUUUUUUAUGUUAUCAAAGUUUAGUAAAUCAUCUAUUACUGCAGCUGGAAAAAUUAACCCAGCAAAAGUUUUCGUUAUAGGAGCUGGAGUGGCUGGGUUGCAAGCUAUUAUAACUGCAAAGAGUAUGGGUUCUGUUGUAUAUUCACAUGACUCGAAAGCGUCUACAGAGGAAGAAGUAAAAAGCUGUGGUGGGAUAUUUAUUAAAAUACCAACAGAACAUGAAAAUAAAGACGAAUUAUAUACAAAAGAAGACAAAGUGAAUGCAAAAUAUGCAAAUUCCCAAUCUACAUUAUUUAAAAAAGUAAUUAGAAAAUGUGAUAUUUUAAUAUGCUCUGCAUGCGCCCCGGGAAAAACCUCCCCCAAAUUAGUAACGACAGAUAUGAUUAAGUUAAUGAAAAGAGGUAGUGUGGCUGUAGAUUUAUCCACAGAAUUUGGAGAUAAAGAAAAUAACUGGGGAGGAAAUAUCGAAUGUUCUGAAUCUAAUAAAAAUAUUAUUAUUAAUGGUGUUCAUGUAUUAGGUAGAGACAAAAUCGAAAGAAAUAUGCCAUUGCAAGCAUCUGAUUUGUUUUCUAUGAAUAUGAUAAAUUUGUUAGAAGAAAUGGGUGGAGGAUUACAAUUUCAUGUGGACAUUAAUAAUGACAUUAUAAAAUCUUUAGUUGUCGUAAAAGAUGGGAAUAUAUUAUACUCACCUGAUAGAUCAGUGGAUCAAUUAGAGAAAAGCGAAAGUGUAUUCAUAAUUGAACAAAAGGACGAUAUUCAACUAGUUUCUAAAAAAACAAUUAAAUGUUCUACGGGAGCACAUAUAACAGAAAAAUUUAUUGACUCUGAUCCUUUCUUUUACAUAUCCCUAAUAUGUGCAGUUAUGAUUACUUUAUUGAUUGGAACUAUCUUUUCUCAGUCGGAUUUACACCAUUUUUUUUUAUUCAUACUUUCUAUAAUCGUUGGCUACUUCUGCGUCUGGUCCGUUACGCCUUCCUUGCAUACCCCCCUAAUGUCCGUCACGAAUGCGCUUUCCGGUGUUAUAAUAAUAGGAAGCAUGAUUGAGUAUGGCAAUGGCUUCAAAAGUUUGAGCUCAGUCCUGUCAAUGAUAGCCACCUUUUUGUCUGCUGUGAAUCUUUCGGGGGGAUUCUACGUCACGAAAAGAAUGCUGGACAUGUUUAUUAAAUAG